AUGGUCGAGGAUCUCCACGCCACCAUCACGCGAGUGCGCAUCGCUCUACUCCAGUCGCAAGUCCGCGAGAAAGGAGUCCCUACUGCUGCCGUGCCCGUCGCUGCAUCCCAUUCUCCCGUGCGGCGCCGGCGGAGCACCGUCACGGCCGUGUACUCGGGGUCCAAGGACGGCGUGCCGCUGUUCACGAAGCAAAAGGUUGUCCGGGUGGUUUCUUGA